CAAAGCUGUGCGUAUAUAUGUGUGUCGAUUUCCUUCCCUUUCUCCUCUCGAAUUUCCCUUUUUCACGCACUACACACGCACUCCCUCCAUUUUCUGUCUCUCUUCCUUUUCUCUCUGUUUUGCCGAUUUUCUACGAAGCUUUUAGAAGCUGAGGGCGAUUUUGUUCGACGCCUGUCUUUGAAUUCUCGAUUUGCUCUUUUGCAUUUGGGUCAAAAUCAGAAUAAUGAAAUCAAAUCGUUCAUUUUGAUGCGUCUCAUUUCUGCUGACUUUCAGUUUGCACAAGCUGAUUAUAUGUUUAUGCUUAAUUCUUGGGUCAAGAAUACCGACAUAUCUGAGAGACCUGCAGAGCUUCUCGAUUUACGGUUCCAAGUAAAGAAGAAACAAUUCUUCCGAAAUUUCUCUACUAUUAUGCUGUUCGGUGCAGUUGGUACAUUGAUAUCCUUCAUCAUAAUAUCACUGGCAAUUGGAGCUAUUUUUGCUGCAACCGAUUCUGUCUGCACAUUGCAGGUUCUAAGUCAGGAUGAGACACCAUUACUCUACAGCCUGGUAUUUGGAGAAGGCGUUGUAAAUGACGCAACAUCUGUUGUGCUAUUCAAUGCAGUCCAGAGUUUUGACCUAUCACACAUCAACACCAGUGUGGCUUUGCAGCUAAUUGGAAAUUUUGGUUACUUAUUUCUCUCUAGUACUGUAUUGGGAGUUGUAACCGGACUGCUUAGUGCUUAUGUCAUAAAGAAGCUCUAUUUUGGAAGACAUUCGACUGACCGUGAGGUUGCAAUCAUGAUGCUUAUGGCGUACUUGUCAUACAUGCUGGCUGAACUAUUCUAUUUAAGUGGUAUCCUCACCGUUUUCUUCUGUGGAAUUGUGAUGUCACACUACACCUGGCAUAAUGUGACAGAGAACUCGAGAGUGACCACUAAACAUACUUUUGCAACAUUGUCAUUUGUUGCUGAGACAUGCAUAUUUCUUUAUGUCGGCAUGGAUGCUCUUGAUAUUGAAAAGUGGAGAGUUGUUAGUGACAGUCCAAAAACCUUAUUCAAGGUGAGCGCAACUUUAUUGGGAUUGGUUUUGCUUGGAAGGGCAGCCUUUGUUUUCCCCUUGUCCUUUUUGUCUAACUUGACCAAGAAGUCUGAGAAAAUCGAGUUUAAGCAGCAAGUUACAAUAUGGUGGGCUGGUCUUAUGCGUGGUGCUGUGUCAAUGGCCCUAGCUUACAAUCAGUUUACGAGGUCUGGUCACACCCAAUUACGUGGAAAUGCCAUAUUGAUUACUAGUACCAUUACAAUUGUGCUUUUCAGCACUGUGGUCUUUGGGUUGUUCACGAAACCUCUCGUGAGACACCUUAUGCCCUCUUCCAAAAAUUUAAGCAGAAUGGCUUCUUCAGAGCCCAUCACCCCAAAAUCCUUGAAUGUGCCCCUUCUCGAAGAAAGUCAAGAUUCUGAGGUUGACCUUUUCGGCCACAGGCUAGGCUCGGAAGCCGAUGAGUCACCAGCCCGCCUAAGUGGCUUACGCCUGCUUCUCACAAAACCCACACGAACAGUCCAUUACUAUUGGAGAAAAUUUGAUGAUGCUUUUAUGCGCCCGGUUUUCGGUGGCCGAGGAUUUGUUCCAUACAUACCAGGAUCACCAGUUGAUCAAAGCCUUCAUGCUGGAAAGUGAGGUUAUUGUUAUUACUGCACUAUUUUUUUUUUUUUAAUUAUUUUUCUGCAUUUUCUGGGAUGGGCCCAGAAAGCUGCUAUUGGGGGUUUGCUUACUAAACAAACUACCUUUGAGGUUUGACAUAAUUAUAAAGAGAACCUAGUUAUGUUUUGAAAUUACAAGUACCUCCAUAGUACAUGUAGGGGGGUACUGUUAAUGUUGAAAGAUGGCUGUGGUUUGUUGUGGUGGUUAGGAUUAAAAACUCGAGGGUUUCUUCGUGAUUUAACUCUUUUUGUAUUUGGAUUUAAGUUAUUUGGUUCUCUUUUGUUUUGGAAUGAUCGCGGAAAGGUUGUUUGAGUUCGGAUACAGUUUUUGUGUUGAAACGAAGAGUGUCUAUUGUGUUUUUUUUCUGACAAGAAAACAUAGGGUUUUAUCAUUGGGAAGUUUUUUUCUGUUUUGGCUAGUGAGCUUCUCUGUAUAUGGUCUUGAGAAUUCUUACAUGUGAUGCGUGGUCAUAGUGUAACUAAUGUUCUGUGUGGUUUUUAUAGUUUUCCCUAAUUGGUGUUCAACUAAGUUUAAG